AUGGAUUAUGAGGAGACAUUUACACCUGUUGCUAAGAUGACAACGGUACGAACAUUAUUAGUUAUGGCUUCGAUAAAAGGCUGGACCUUACAUCAGAUGGAUGUGAAAAAUGCCUUUCUCCAUGGCGACCUACAAGAAGUUGUGUUUAUGAAACUACCAUCUGGAUGUGUUUUACCAAGACCAAAUGGCUUUUCUCAGAGUUCUUCAGAUCAUUCCUUGUUUCUUCGUACUUCUCCGACAGACUUGCCUACUGGGAUCAUGCUUACACAACAAAAGUAUGCUAGUAAUCUUGUUGCGACGGCUGGUCUUACUGAUGACAAGGUUGUAUACACCCCGAUGGAGAUUAAUACGAAGUACAAGGAGGCAGAUGGAGAACCAUUCAGUGAUCCUACAUUGUAUCGGCAGUUGGUGGGAUCAUUAGUUUAUCUCACUAUGACAAGGCCGGACAUCUCAUAUGCAGUACAAGUUCUAAGUCAGUUUGUGGCUAAUCCUUACCGUGUACAUUACACUGCAUUACUUUGUGUCAUUCGAUAUGUUCGGGGUUCUAUGAGUCGAGGUGUUCUCUUCCGUUCCGAUUCUCCUUUAUGUCUUGAAGGAUAUAUUGAUGCAAAUUGGGCUAGUUGUCCAGAUUCUCGUCGCUCCAUUACUGGUUGGUGCAUGUUUCUUGGCACAUCCUUGAUAUCCUGGAAAUGUAAGAAACAAUCUUGUACGUCUAAAUCAUCUACGGAGACUGAGUAUCGGGCUAUGUCGGCAACAAGUUUAGAAAUUGUUUGGCUAUAA